CGACCUCUCGCUAUCACUCCCUCUGUUUGAUUCGCUUUUGUAAAUUUCAACUUUUCUUCUCGUCUUCUUCUUCUUCUUCUUCAAUCCGCCAUGUUUGUACCUCCAUCACUCUCUUUCACAGACACCCAUUUCUCUUACUUUCACUCAUUCACUGUUCUCACAAUCUCUCCCAAUCUUUCUGAUUCUCAUCACUGCUCUUUCACUCUUUUUAUCCUCUCUCUCACUCUUUUUAUCCUCUCUCUACUGCCGUCUAUCCCUCUUCUUCUCUGAUUCAUACUUGCGAUUCUGUUUCUUCUCAAUUUCACGGCUGCGCCGCCGUUUCUCAGCUCACAGUUCAGUUUUCUAUGUGAAUAAGCUUCUGUAGUCUAAUACUUCCAAUUGCCGAAAGGGGAUUGAAGUGUUUUGUAUUCGUUUCUCGCUUUAAUCCUUUCGGCAUCGUUCCCCUGUUUCUGGAUUGAUGUUUUGCAUCUCUCUGCGGUGUCGGCAUCUUCAUUCGCUUUGUGAUUCUUUAUCCGCGCUGUGCUGCUGAGUGCUAGGAAAAUUUAACCUUUUCAGUUCAAUCAAUGGAACUUAUUGGUCCAAGGAGAGUGAGUAAAAAGAAUCAUGUGAUUCGAGAGAGUGGUGAUUCUCUUUUAUCAAACAUAGAUGAUCUCGAUCCGUGGACUGCAUGGGCCUAUAAACCACGCACGGUUUCUUUAUUGCUUGUUGGCGCCUGCUUUCUUAUAACCAUGGUGUUCGACAUUUAUAGUUUUGGGUUGGAUUCUAACACUUUGGAUAGGAAGAAUAACGGGAGGGCAUUAGAGGCUCUGUUUCCUAGUGCAUGCUGGGUCAGUGGAGCUCUAGAUCCUGAAUGCACUGCAUCAAGUGAUCUUGUUACAUCCGUUACAAGGGGUGUGUGGGCAAUGAUCGCUGUAUUCCUUGCCUACUGCUUGCUUCAAGCUCCUUCUACGAUUCUUAUUCGGCCGCAUCCAGCGGUAUGGCGCCUAGUACAUGGCUUGGCUGUCAUUUAUCUUGUAGCACUCACAUUUUUACUUUUCCAGAAGCGUGACGAUGCUCGGGAAUUCAUGAAAUUUCUCCAUCCUGAUCUAGGCCUUGAGCUUCCUGAGAGAUCUUAUGGUACAGAUUGUCGGAUAUUUGUUCCUGAAAAUCCCACAAACAGGUUUAAGAAUGUCUAUGCAACAUUGUUUGAUGAAUUUGUUGCUGCUCACAUAAUUGGAUGGUGGGGUAAGGCUAUACUCAUCCGUAAUCAGCCUCUUCUAUGGGUACUAUCAAUUGGGUUCGAGUUAAUGGAGCUUACCUUCCGGCAUAUGCUACCGAAUUUCAACGAAUGCUGGUGGGACAGUAUCAUUCUUGACAUAUUAAUUUGCAAUUGGUUUGGAAUAUGGGCAGGAAUGCGUACUGUCAGAUACUUCGACGGGAAAACAUACAAGUGGGUCGGUCUAAGUCGACAGCCUAAUAUUAUUGGGAAAUCUUAUUUGCAGGUGAAACGGAGCUUGGGACAGUUCACUCCAGCACAAUGGGAUAAAGAUGAGUGGCAUCCCUUACUCGGUCCAUGGCGUUUCAUUCAAAUUCUCGCUCUUUGCAUCGUCUUCUUGACAGUGGAGCUUAACACAUUCUUCUUGAAGUACUGUCUAUGGAUUCCUCCUAGAAACCCUGUAAUAGUAUACAGGUUGGUUUUAUGGUGGCUUAUCGCCAUACCAACAAUUCGCGAGUACAACGUUUACCUUCAAGACAGUGAUUCCAGGAAACCGGUAAAGAAGAUUGGAGCGUUUUGUUGGCUAUCUCUAGCCAUUUGCAUGGUUGAGCUUCUAAUUUGCGUUAAAUUUGGACAUGGUUUAUAUCCCAAACCAAUGCCAUCUUGGUUGGUGCAUUUCUGGGUAUCUGUUGGAGUUUCCCUUGUAUUAUUCCUGCUUCUUUGGACCUCCCAACUUCACCUAUUGGUUGCCAGGAAGAAAUGGAAAUGAUUUUGAUUGAUUUCUUCAUUGUUUCAUAGAACAAAAAAAGAGAGAAAAAUAAUUUUUUUAGUUUCAUGGGACUCCCAUUCAUAAUGUAUAUCUUUUGUUUAUGUUCUUUGUAGAUAGCAUCAGGUUUUCCAUUAGGGUAGAACAAGAGUCACAACAUUCUAUGUCAUUUGGGACAUUUUUUCUACUUUUGGGGAGAGGGAAGAUUGUAUUCCAUGCCUAAGCCUCGUACAUUCAUUAUUGAUUAUUCACCUAAA